AUGAAGACCCUCCUCCUCCUCACGGUUUUGCUGUGCAUUGAAGCUGUUGAACCAGUUGAAGGAACACAGGAGCUGCAGGAGGAAAACCUGGCCUCAGUGGCAGAAAAUGAAGCUGGAGUGUUUGCUCCUGAAGCAGAAGAGCCUGAGAUGCUGUCUGCUGGAGAGAUGGCUCCUUCAGUCGAAGGUCGUUUCUUUGUGUGUCCUGCUGGUUGGGAGAGACACAAGAGUAGCUGCUAUCUGUAUGUGAGCGCUGGCAGAUCCUGGACCAGCGCUGUGGCCAAUUGCAAUAGUCUUGGAGCCACCUUGGCAUCUGCCCAUGAUUUGUUUGAGUACAGCUUCCUGCAGCAGCUGACCAGUAGGGGAGGAGGCUCCCUUGCCUGGAUGGGGGGACUUUACUUCCAGGGCUGGAGGUGGGUGGACCAGAGCCACUUCGACUACAACUUCUGGAGCGCUCAGCGCUCCCCCAGCUCAUACCCGUGCAUCUACCUUGAUGCCAGGGCCGGUUGGGCCAAUCAUGCCUGUGGUAAUGGAUGGCCGUCCAUCUGCGUGAAGAGAACUGACUGCUGAACGUGACAGCAGGACACAUGUUUACUGACCUGUAUCAUUAUCUUGUUUUAGCUGUGGCAGAUUUGUUGAUGGCUUCAUGCUUCAUGUGAUGCCUCCUUCUUUCUGCCUAAUCAGAUUUGUGAAU